AAAAAAAAAAGGAGCUCCCCAGGUCUAGUUCAACCAACUGCUAUUCUUUACGAGUGUUCGCCUCACAACGCCGUUCCAAUUGACCGGUCGCCUGCCUCCGCCCCCUUCCCGAAGUUUCCGCGCUCCACCAUUUCGCCAUGGCCGGCGGCGGCAUCUUCAGCAGGGCGCUGAGCUACGUCGUCAACGAGUUCCUCGUCGAGGGCCUCGCCAACAACCGUGCCUUCCAGAGGUUUGCUGUGAGGACCAACAGGACUUUGGAGGAUCUCUCUUCUAAAGCUAAACAAGCGAGGGAGGAGAUAUCGGAGCAAUUCAAGGAUGCUCGUGGACCCAAUGAUCGCUUCAAGCAGUGAUGCCCGUUCCGAGUCAUCUGUUCUUGCCCUGGUUCGGGAUGCCAUCCACAAGUGGCCAUUGUAUAAAAUCCGAAUCUAAAUUAUGUUAUUUUCUAUUUAGAAAUUGAGAACUAGACGCAGUGCAUUAUUGCAUUUCUGCAGCCUGCCCAACGGAAGUAAUUCGAGAGGAGAGACUCUCCUUGGCUGGGCCUCCGUUUUACAAAUUUCUAUGCUUAAUGUUGUUUUAUGAGUAGUAAUAUGUACCAUCGCAGUCUAUCUGUUGUUAUGCCCUUGGCUGGCAAAUCUAUAUAACUCUGGCUGCGUUGACAACCUGGAAA